AUGGGCUGGCGCGGGCGCCCGCGGUCACAGAGGCGGCAGCCCCAGCGCUGCCCGCUCCACCCGCCGAGGCUCACGCUGCUGCAGCUCGGCAAGGGCUGGCGCAUGUGGCGGGGCGGGGCGGCCAGGACGCAGCGCAGCAGCUUCCUGGAGGGCGGGCUCCGGCUCUUCCUGAUGAUGGCCUUCUGGGCGCACGUGGUGGGCUGCCUGCAGCUGCUCCUGGGCACCCUCGAGAGGAGCUGGGGGAGCCGCAGUUGGACCGACGAGAUGCGCAUCCGCGACGAGACCUGCACUGUAAUGUAUGUGGAGUCGAUGUACUUCGCGGUGCUGAGCCUGGCCUCCGUCGGCUACGGCGACACGCUGGUGACGCCCGGGGAGCACAGCCUGAACUCGUUCUUCCUGCUGCUGGGGCAGCUCUACGCCGCAAAGAUCUGCGCCGACCUGACGUGGCUCACGGCCACCUACAACUUUUCGGAGGCGCAGUACCAGGCGCGCAGGGCCCAGAUGUGGAUCGCGCUGCAGAAGAUGCAGGUGCCGAGCCAGCUGGCGGGGCGGGUGCUGGCCUACCAGAGCUACGUAGCCGCGAGCACCCGCGAGGACCUGUCCCAGGCGGCCUUCGUGGGCCUUUCCGGGAACCUGAAGGAGGAGCUCCGGAUCGUGGCCUACCGCCUGCUGGUGUGCCAGGCCCCCUUCCUCCGCAUGCAGUCGAAGGAGGUGCUGUCGCUCAUCGUGAGCCAGCUGACGGACAAGGUCUACCUGCCACUUGAUGUGAUAAUGCGCACUGGCGACGUCGGCCGCGAGCUGUUCUUCAUGCGCCGUGGGAAGGCGGGCGUGUUCAACAAGCUGGAGUGCCUCAACUCAGCGGGCAACCCGCUGCUCACCGUCUACAGCGUCGGCAACUACUUCGGGGAGCUCGGCAUGCUCACAGGCAACCCGCGCUCUGCCUGGGUGGUGGCGUCCACGUACUGCGUGUGCUCGGUGCUGCCGUACGAGGCCGUGGAGAUCCUGACCCAGGAGGUGCCCGGUGCCUUCACCGUGCUCGUGCAGUCCAUCGUGUCCCGGUACAAGCUGAAGCCGAGCGUCACCUGGUCCGACAUCUCCCGCAGGAUCCUGGCGAAGUUCGACGUAGACGACCUGGAGGACGCCUACGAGAAGUUCUGCGCGCUGGACGGCGCUGGCGACGAGGAGCUGAGCGCCAGGAACUUCGACGAGGCGCUGCGCCGGCUGAAGGUCCCCGAGUUGGACCGGAAGAUACUCUGGGCGGACAUGGACGAGGACAACAGUGGCUUCGUCAGCCAGGACGAGUUCACCAGCAAGCUCAUCACCGAGACGGCGAGGUGUGACGGCUCGCCCGACGCGUCUCGCGCAACAUCGAAGGCAACUUUCGACUCCUUCGCGUGGACAGCGCGCAGCAACGUGCCGCCGGACGCCGACCGGUCGGACGCCCUCUCGCGGCGGGCCCGCAUGCGCCAGGGCACGAAGGAGGGGCAGCUGCGCUUUCAGAGGAGCGGCUCCCGCCACGGCACCCGCCGCGGCACCCGCCACGGCACCUGGAGCAGGAGCAGCAGGCGCCACGAGACCGGCGGCCGCGAGCCCAUGCCGCGGACAGCGGGCAACCCCGAGGCCGCCAGGGCGUUCGACGCGGCGGGCGCGCAGGAGCAGGCCAGUCGCUUCCUGAUGGAAUUGGUCCUCGAGGCUCCGUGUACCCUCUCAGGCAAUGGGAGCGGGGGCAGAGAGAAGACGCAUUUUGGAUCCCCCCAGCCAGGGGUCCCAACGCAUGCCCAUGCUGGUGCCCGUAGUCCCAUUGCUCACCCUCUCCCAUUCAACAUGCCUUGUAGAGGAAGCUCGUUCCACAGGCUGUGCAAGGGUGGCGGUGCAAGAGGGUUUCCCAGGCUGCCCAAAGUGGGUCGGAGGAGAUGGGUCGAACGAUCGCGCCGCAUCACCGAUGCAUCGUCGAUGCCCCGUAAUGCACAGCAUGGCAGUUGUUCAUCCCGACGUCGCCCCUGCAUCGGCGGUGCGGUGCGGCUCUUCGACACGGUCUACUCCAGGCUCAUUUAGGCGGCCUCCACCUGGGGGGGGGUCUUUGCGGGUGGUUUUGCAGUGCAGGAUUUACGCAGACCCUUUUUUAUAGACAAUCGCUCUCUACGAUGCACGCAGUCAGUAUGAGUCUAUCCGUCCUGUCAGUCGAACGAGCAAAAAGUGCA